CCUCAACCCUCUCCCUCCCCUCCCCCCCAGCCCCAGAGCCAAGUCCAAGCCCAGCCUCGCGCCGUCGUUCCAGGAGAGUCGAAGCUCGCGCGCCGUGUUGCCUCUGCUUUCCAUCGGAUAUCUGGCCUCCCAGCGUUGCUGCCGCCCCGCCCCCACCGGCACUCACACACACAGAGCAGCAGCUGGCCAGCACACGGCGGUUAUAAGGGUGUGUGCGGCGACGGCCCCCCAGUAGCGGCAGUUGAUCUUCCCACCAGGAAGGUCACCGCAUUCGUGCCAGCCAACGAUGCUCGACCUCAACCCCGGCCCCGGCCGGGGGCGGCACGCGGACGGAUACGCUAGCGUUAGCAGCAGGCCCUACGCGUACCCGCGCCGCCACGACGAGCAGGACGAGUGGGGCGUCGUCGACAGCACCGCACGCCGCCAGCGCACCAUGAUGAACAGCGCCUCGUGGCUGCUCCGUCUCCCACUCGUCGGAAGCCUGCUCACGUCCACCCCGCCCCCGCCGCCGUACUCGCCAAGCGCACCGCGCCGGGCACGCCAGAGAAUGAGACAGCCCAGCCGCCCAUCUUUGUCCGCCUUCGAAGAAGAGGAGGACGCGGCGGACCAAAACACCGACACAGAUUCAGGCUCAUACGCGUCGAGCUACGACGGGUCGCACGCCUACUAUUACUACGAUGACAACGACGAGGACAACGGCGGCGCACGCACUUGCAAGCGUUGCGGCGGCGGCGGCAGCAGCAGCAGCAGUGCAGACGCCCGCGCGACGGCCGUGCUGCCAUCGGCCAUCGGCCACCAUCCACGUCACAGCAGCAGCAAUGCCAACGGUGAGACGAUGGGCGCGGCACACGAAAAGGCGUCCAGCGGCGCUGCGGCUGCCCGUGGCGGCGGGUUCCACAUGCACCAUCCCUCGCACGCACGCGCGCACGCCGACAACCAGGCACCCUCACCAGCCGCCGCCGUCGUCGAAAUACCGCUCACACCCAUGCCCCGCGACGGCUGGGCGCACACGCGGCCCCGCUACUCGUCCCGCGGCCGUGGACGUGGCCGGCGCAACAGCCGCAGCAACCUCAGCAGCCGCAACGAGUCGUUCCUCGACCUCCUCUUCAUUCUCGUCCCCACGCUCGCCGCCUGCGCGCUCUCCUUCGUCCUCGGCAUCUCAUUCGAGGUGUUGCGCUCGUCCAUCAUCGGCGCCAAGGGCAGCAGCGGAAGCACUAGAUCCCGCUUCAGUGCGUCGCGCUGGAGCGGCGCGUACUCCCUUGACGGCGCAGGGGCCGCUGCCAUCGCCGCCGGUCCCGGGUGUUCGGCGAUGGACCUUGCCAUGGCGCACAUCCAGCCGGUGGAGACGCUGCGAAUUCACUCACACAAUGACGAGACGCGCGCCAAGCCGCUACUCGAAGCGCUCUCGUACGGCGCCAUCUCGGUUGAAGCGGACGUAUGGCGCGUCGAUAACUCGUCCCUCCUGUACGUCGGCCACGAGCUCGAGUCGCUCUCCGAAGUGUACACGCUCCGCAGCACAUACAUCGACCCGCUCGUCACCAUCCUCGAGCAGCGCAACGCGCGCGGCGUCGAGCCCAGCAGCAGAAGUAGUGCUGGUCGCAGGGGCCACCGCAGCGGCGACGAUGCGCCUGCUCUAGAGCAGCAGAGCGACCGCCACAAUCGGACCUGGAACGGCGUGUACAAGAGCGCGCCCGAGCAGACACUCUACCUUUUCCUCGACAUCAAGUCGGACAGCUUGAGCACGUGGGCCUCGAUGCACGAUGCGCUUCAGCCGCUGCGCCAGCGCGGCUGGCUCACGCGCUGGUCCAACGGCCAUGACCUCAUUCCCGGCGCUGUGACGGUGAUCGGGACCGGCGACGCACCCGUCUCGCUUGUCGCGCCGCAGCGCGACCGGGAUGUGUUCAUCGACGCGCCCGUCCACGACCUCGCGCAGCCUAUCCGCGGCGACGACGGGCAGACGUACGCGUACAACGCCACGCUCUCCCCCAUCGCCAGUGGCAACUGGCUCACCAGCAUCAGCUACAUGGGCCUCCUGCCUGCGAGCGACGCGACACGCGCGUCUAUCCGCCGAAUGAGCCGCGACGCCCACCGCCGCGGCAUGUACGUCCGCUGGUGGGCCAACCCCGCGUGGCCGCCCUUUGCGCGCAACCGCGCGUGGAAAGUUAUGCUAGACGAAGAGGUAGACUUGAUCAACACCGACGUGCUCGAGAGCGCCGCUGACGUCCUGCUCGAGAGCGGCAAGUCGAAGAGACUGCAGCCGCUCGAUACCAAGGUCAAGCAUUGAUUCCGCGGUCUCAGUCCCCCCCCCCCUUUGCUCUCGCUCUCGCACCUAUUCUACAUUACGGUUUGCUUGAUUCCGUCCGUUACCGCGUGACACGCUCCUAGGGUUGUUUGAGG